AUGGACUCCAACAUCUCCCAAGCCUUGCGAAAGGAACUCACCUGCUGCAUCUGCUUGAACUACCUUACAGACCCUGUCACCAUAGGCUGUGGGCACAGCUUCUGUAGGCCCUGUCUAUACAUUUCCUGGGAAGAAGCCAAAACUACCCGUUGUCCUCUAUGUGGGGAAACAUCAAAGAAGACAGACAUCAAAUCCAAUAUUCUUGUGAAGAAUCUGGUGUCCCUUGCUAGACAAGCCAGUCUCUGCCAGUUCCUGAGCUCUGAGGAUCAGAUGUGUGGGACACACAAGGAGACAAAGAAGAUGUUCUGUGAAGAGAGCAAGAACCUACUCUGUUUGCUCUGUUCUUCCUCUCAGGAGCACGAGGCUCACAGACAGUGUUCCAUUGAAUACGCUGUUGAGAAGUACCGAGAGAAGCUCUUAAAACAAAUGAGGUCUUUAUGGGAAAAGAUCCAAGAAAAUCAGAGAAAUCUAAACGAGGAGUGCAAAAUAAUCAACCUGUGGAUGAAUUUGGAAGACACAUUGACAAGGAGUGAAUCCGUGCAACUGCACAUGCCCCAGCCUGUGAACCCAGCGCUCAGUGCCAGGCCCAUCACUGGACUGAUAGACAGGUUCAACCAAUUCCAAGAUUCUCUUCUUUCCGCAGUGAACAUUUCCUUGAAUUAUGAAACAAGCAGUCACGAUAUCAUGCUGUCUGAUGACGUGAGAAGUUUGAUAUUUAGACAUGACCUUCAAAAGGUGCCUUUUCCAUCUGGAAGAUCCAACUACUUUGCUACAUGGGGAGCCCAGGCCUUCAGCUCUGGAAAACACUACUGGGAGAUGCAUGUGGACAGCUCUUGGGACUGGGCUAUAGGGGUCUGUAAGGAUACUUGGCUAAGGAAGAACUGCUCAGUGAUUGAAUCUGGGGACACAUUUCUUCUUUUAUGUGUGAAGGGGGAUAAUGGUUACCAUCUUUUCACCACCUCCCCAGUGCUUUCUCAGUACAUAGAGAAACCUCUGGGGAAGGUUGGUGUGUUUGUUGAUUUUAACAGUGGAAGUGUGAGUUUUGUUCAUGUUGCCAAAAAUUCCCUCAUAUGGGAAUACCCCGCUUACUCCUUCAAUUACUCGCUCCGGCCUUUUUUUUGCACUGGCCACACAUGAUCAUGGAGAAGUGAUGCACUUGGGAACUCCAUAUCUGAAGGAGCCCACACAUGAUCAUGGAGAAGUGAGGAACUUGGGAACUCCAUAUCUGAAGGAGCCCGUCUCAGUUGAAGCUGAUCAGUCAUACUUUACUCUCCCUUAGGUUGUUCCAUUUUAAUGUAACUUUGUUUUAUCAUUGGUGAAUAUAAAGCUGGUGUGGCAAUGCAAAAUUGGUUGGCUUAAUUUUCUUUCAAUUAAAAUCAAGUCCCGUGGUCCUUUUCCUGAAACACAUACUGUUUUUAUUCACCUACUUUGUGAGUUGGCUAGAGUUACAAGAGUAUAUGACUGGGAUUCUAUCUUAACAGUUUAAUGCAGGAACACAGAGUGUUUCCAUCAUAAG